AUUGUAUAAGGAUGUGAAGCACUUACCAAUUCGAAUCUCCCGUUUUCGCAACCCCCCUGUCAGGUCCAUUCGCGCUCUUUCGGUGCCCCAACCCGCUUGCUUGAUUCAUUGGCGGGUCUCGGGUGGAGGCUAAAACGAAGCACUGAGAACGAGAAAAAAAAAAAGAACAAACCGGAAAAAUCCCUUGCCCCAGCAAGUCUUGCUCCACGGACCAGACAGCUCCGAGUGUUCAACUGGUGGACUACAAUCCUAAAUCCUGUUGAUCGUCACUCUCAAGUUAUUCAUACAGACUCGAGUCUUCCCAGCAGCUUGUAGCUCUCUUAGCUCUCUUUUACUGCCACUACUUAUACUCUACCGCAGUUCUACGCAUUGUACGGAGUAUUGACUUAUCGUCAGACGAUCAAGAAUCCCCACUAUAUUCCACCAGCGUUUUUGCUUGACCCAGACGGGUUACCGCGUCAAGCUAGCGCCCUCCUCCCUAAACUUCCCGCGCGGUGGGGUUCGCAGGUUCCUGUCUGACCGAGCGCGCGAAAGGGCCUAUCCAGAGCCAAGGGUCAAAAGCUAAUACUCAACCAAUUUUUUUUCUCGUGUUUUUGAUCUUCUUCGCCGGAAAUACAUCAAGGACCUAUCGCAUCUAACUCGGCAGGGAAGCGCCUUUCGUCUCUUGCGAGUCAAGCUUCUGGGUUUCGGUCUUUCGCUUCCGACAUUUCUGGUGUUCUUCGGCCGACUACUCAAUCGCUUCCAUGGUGCAUGAACGGGAUGACCUCGUCGUCGGUCGCGAUGACCUGAUCGCCGACGGAGAGGGUGAUCGUAGCUCGAUUGAGGCCAAAGAUGAUGCUGCUCUGCUACGAACGAUGGGCUACAAGCCGGUGUUGCACCGAACGUACACGUUCUUCGAGAACUUUGCCACCACUUUUGCGGCGCUUUACUUUGUCGGUGGAGUGCGCGUUACUUUUAGUACUGGUAUUGCCGCUGGUGGAAACUUGGCCUACUGGACUAGUUACCUGGUCACUAUGGUCUUCACUUUCAUUACUGCUGCCGUCAUUGCUGAAGUUUGCUCGGCGUCGCCGUCUGCUGGCUCUAUCUAUCUCUGGGCUGCCGAGGCUGGUGGUCCCCGUUUUGGAAGACUUCUCGGUUUCGUGGUGGCUUGGUGGAGUACUACGGCCUGGACGACUUUCUGCGCAAGCAACACGCAAGCGGCUGUCAACUACAUGCUUGCUGAGCUCACCGUGUUCAAUGUCGACUUCCCUCAAGACACCGACAGUGUCAAGUUCCGUGCCGUUCAGUGGAUUUGCACAGAGGUGUUGCUUGCCCUGGCGGCUUUAUUGAACUUCUUACCUCCCCGUUACUUCAAGUAUGUCUUCUGGGUCUCUGCCGGCUUCGUCAUGCUCGAUUUCUUCUUGAACCUCAUCUGGCUUCCUAUUGGUACCGCCCAGACCUGGGGAUUCCGUUCAACUCACGAAGCCUUCAUGACCACUUACAACGGCACCGGUGCCCCCGCUGGCUGGAACUGGUGUCUCUCUUAUUUGGCUACCGCCGGUAUCCUGAUUGGAUUCGAUGCUUCCGGUCAUGUCGCCGAGGAGACUAAAAAUGCCUCUAUCACUGCUGCACGUGGCAUCUUCUGGAGUACCGUUGCUAGUGGUUUCGGUGGUUUGGCUACCAUCAUCCUCUUCUUGUUCUGCGCUCCCACCGCCGAUGUGUUGAUGGAGUUUGGCUCCCCUCAACCAUUCGUUCCCCUCUAUGCCGUCGUUCUCGGCAAAGGUGGUCACAUCUUUAUGAACAUCAUCUGCAUCGUUGCUCUGUGGCUGAACACCGCCAUCGCUAUCAUCGCUGCUUCCCGCCUCGUCUUCGCCGUCGCCCGUGACGGCGUCCUUCCAUUCUCAGGCUGGGUAUCCAAGGUUCACGGUGGCCAACCACGUAACGCCGUCAUCGUCGUCUGGGGCGUCGCCGCCCUGGUGACCUGCACCAUCCUGCCCUCCAACGUGGCUUUCACCUCCCUCGUCUCGGCGGCCGGUGUUCCCAGCGCCGCUGCGUACGGUCUGAUCUGUCUGGGCCGUCUCUUCUGCACGCCGAACCGCUUUCCCAAGCCGCAGUGGAGUCUGGGACGAUGGAGUAAGCCGUUCCAGUUCAUCGGCGUCUUCUGGAAUGGAUGGGUCGUUGCUAUCCUGUUCUCGCCGUACGCGUGGCCGGUUACCGGGCAGACUUUGAAUUACGCUCCUAUCAUUAUGGCUGGUGUCACUAUCCUCGCUCUGGCUUCGUACUUUAUCAUGCCCGAGAGCGCCUGGCUUCCGCGGAACCGUAUCGCCCAUUUCAUUGAUAGCAAGGGUGCUGCAAACGUCACUGAGACCGUGGAGGAAGUUACCCCUUCGGCUCAGAAUGAUAUGGCUCAGAGAUCUUGAUGGAUCUUUGAAGAUGGGGGUUUGACAAACAAACAAAAAGUGUCUGAUGAUGCAUCGCUUUGAGGUCAUCUGAAGGGAAGAGAGUUGAAAGUUUAUUUGAAUAUGUCGCGUUUGCCUUUGUGUAUAUGAUCUAUGAGGAGAUGGUAUAUAAUUUUGUGUGAUUUAGAUUAGGGGGCUUUUAUAAUGAUGAAUGGCGCCUACUAGUGUAAAUACCAGAGUGGGUUGCUCUGUUUCCAACUUUUUUUUUGUAGAUCCCUGCGUUUAUGUCAAGUCUACUAUUACUCACCCUU